AUGGAACCAAAUGCCAAGAUGUGUGAACACGAAGGCAAAGACUUGAAAGAUGCAACAAUGUAUCGACAAUUGGUGGGUAGUUUGCUUUACUUAACUUUAACUAGACCCGAUAUCUCUUAUGCAGUUGGUGUGAUGAGUCGAUCCAUGCAAAAUCCAAAGAAGCCUCAUUUGGAAGCAAUUCGACGAAUUUUGAGACAUGUGAAGGGUACAAUUGAUUAUGGUCUAUUGUACAAGAAAGGUAAAGAUUACAAGCUAGUUGGCUACUGUGAUGCUGAUUAUGCAGGAGAUCACGACACCCGCAGAUCAACUACCGGGUAUGUGUUUAUGCUUGGAUCAGGAGCAAUUUCUUGGUGUAGCAAGAGACAACCGACAGUAUCUCUGUCAACAAUGGAGGUAGAGUACUGA